GUUACGUGUGGAAUUUGCUCACUGACCGGAAUACUGUUUGUAUUGCAGGGUUAUCUGUCAGAAGCAGGUGCGUCACUGGUUGACAAAAAGCUCGGGCUGAACAUCGUACCCACGACGGCGUUAGUGGAAUUAGCAGCACCGACGUUUUACUAUGGCCGAGUGGAUCGAGCGAAAGCCAGAGCCAAGGAACGUAUUCAGUCGAGAUAUCCCGAUCUCGGUCGACGCUUUCAUCGAAUUGGUCUUCCUCCAAAGAAGGGCAGCUUCCAAUUGUUCGUCACUGGCUAUCAAGAUGCGGCCCAUUGGCUUCGUAUAUGGGACAAUUGCCCCGAACAAGCACCACCACCCGUCACUCAACGAGAAUUCCAAUUGCUGUUCGAGAAAAUUGUCGUACUCGACUAUGUUAUCAGAAAUACAGAUCGUGGAAACGAUAACUGGUUGAUCAAGUACGAACAGGCGGACGUUGUCGAAACUCCGGUCGUUCCGAAUGAUCCGAACCCAACCAGUGUGGAAACCCAGGCAGUACCUGAUGAAGGCCAAUUGAUCGAUUUAGCAGAUGGAAAGGAUCGAGCGUGUGGACCUGAAGAACUCGUCGACGAACAACAAACGCGAUCUUCAGCUGAACCGGCGCCAGCCGAAGUGGAAUGGGCCGAUGUGACGGUACCGAAGGUGUCAAUCGCUGCAAUUGAUAACGGGCUAGCGUUCCCGUUCAAACAUCCAGAUGAGUGGAGAGCGUAUCCUUUCGGAUGGGCAUUACUUCCUAUGGCCCAGAAGCCAUUUAGCGAUGAGACAAUCAGCGCCAUUCUGCCACUGCUUGACGAUACAAACUUCGUUCGUGAACUUGGCGAGGAAUUGAAACAGGUCUUCAAGAAGGAUAAAGGCUUUGACAAGAAAAUGUUCGAACGUCAACUUUCGGUGAUGCGUGGACAGAUCUUCAACUUGAGAGAAGCGUUGCGCACGAAGAAAUCGCCCUAUCAAUUAAUUCUUAUGCCUGCUCAAUACAUGGUAGAAGUGAAGCAGAAGAAGCGAAGGCAGCGUUUUCGCUCAGAAAAUGAGGAUCGAACAGACAAUGAAUGUGAGUGCUAG